AUGUUUCAACGGUUGUUCACGAUGAUUCUGUGCGUGUUCAACGUUCAGAAUAGCGAAAGGUGCAGAUUAAACACGCGGAUUCAUUUCGGCGAGCCUCUACCGGUAAUAUUGAGAGAUGAUAGAAUAUUAGAGCCAACGGAUGAAAACGGGAAUAUAGAUCUUCAGCACGGAGACACGCUGACGUUGAGUUGCGAAGACGCCGGCUACCUCGUGCAUCCAGAAAUGAGGUCUCAAAUUCCCACUCUUACAGUGACCUGUUUAGGAGGAGAAAACUUCGGCAACGACGAGUUCUUAAAUGCACCUGCGCAAUUUUCAUACUUCAGGUGUCCCUAUCCUAAAAACCAUUGUAGCCAACGCACCAACCGUACGUGUUUCGAAGGAAACCCAAUCAUAGAGGUCGGGUAUAGAAUUCAAAAUCAGUUUUAUCCCAUCUACGAGUCGUGUUUCGACGAAGCUAAUCUACAUCCUGUGUAUUCGAAGUACACGCAGAAGCCUUACAACGCAUACUACCAAACUAGGGUCGAUAGGCCAUUUUUCCUCGAUGACGGCAACUACAGAGACAUUCCUGUUACUUCGUUGUUCUCUCCCUGGAAUCAAAAAGCAGCCGUUGCAAAGCUAGUCGGCCCUAUGAUCGAAACUUAUAUAACUAAAACAGAGUUGCUGUCCAGGGGCCAUUUGGCGGCGAAAACAGAUUUCGUGUUUGCGUUUACUGAGCGAGCUUCAUUUCAUUACGUGAAUUGCGCACCUCAGUGGUACGGAUUUAAUGGUGGCAACUGGAACACGUUGGAGGUCGACCUCAGGGAUCACGUCCACGCGGCCGGAUACGACACGGUGAUUUACACAGGCAUAUACGGAGUGACACAGCUUACGAAUCACUUCGGAAACAGAGUCGACAUUUAUCUGGCGACAGAUGAGAACAACAAUCCAGUGAUACCUGUGCCUCAGUACUUUUAUAAAGUUGUGUACGAGCCGAGUACGAAACGGGGUAUAGCUUUUGUCGGAAUCAACAAUCCCUAUUAUACGCCAGCUGAAGCCAGAGCGAUGUUCUUUUGCAAAGACAUUUGUAGGGGUAACACCGCUUUCUCUUGGCUAAGUUGGGAUCCGGACGAUCCCAGUGAAGGAUACACGUUCUGUUGUUCUAUACCGGACUUUCGAUUCACGGUGAAUCAUUUACCUCAACUGGAAGUUUUAUUAGGUGCUGCGAUAAUAACAACAGUAGAUGCCAGAUCCUCAUAUAUGAUGAUUAACGAUAAACCUGUAAUCGAUUUAAAUAGGAAACCACCACCAUUUAAUUUUAAGGCUCCGCAGGAGAGGCGAUCCGCUCUUUUUCCAAAAAGAUUUAUGAAAUUCACUGUAGAUUCUGAUACACCUCGAAAAAUAAAUACUUAUAAAACACCUGAAGUGUCAUCGGAAAGUCCAGUUGAUAGACAGAUUAACUUCAAUAGAAGAGAACCGAUUGUUUCUAAAAAUGAAUACAGAAAAAUCUCAAGAUCUACUCCUUAUCUCGAUACUUCCUUUCUGAAGGAUAAUAUAUAUAUUAAAGCUACGAUAGACAAUGAACCAGGUGUAUUGGAAACUUACAAACCAACAGAAGUUAGUCCAAGUGAUUUCAGUAGUAGUAAAUACAUUGAUGUGGGAGAUAUAGCCUCAGUAAUCAGUGGAAUAAUUGAAGAUUUUAAUGUAGCCACAGAGAUCACUACUGAAGUAGAGGAACCUACCAAGGUGGAGGAAAAUGUUCCAGACGAAAAAGAUAACGAAAGGAAUUCAACACCAGCUGACGAUAAAGAAGCAAACAAUAUGGAAAAAGUAGACUCAUAUUACUCAACGCAAGAAACUACAACAAAACAAGAAACAUACUAUACAGAAGCAUUAGGAUUGACUACGGAAAGCGAAAAUCAAUAUUCAAUCACAGAGAUGCAGACGACUGACGAGGAUAACUCCAAAGAAAUUGUUACUGAAGCGUAUGACUUUUUGAAUGAAUCGAACAGACAUUUUCGAGAAGUCAGAAGUGUAAAUAUCAUCGAGGAGGAACCUAAUAUUGCAGCAACGACGCUGCCAGGACCAAAAAUCAACGGGCAAGAUGUACUGCUGAUUUCCUUUAGGAAUAUCAAUUCUUAAAGUAUCUCUUGUAAGUGUGAUACGAAAUGAACAAAGUUUUCCGUUGGAGAAGGCACCUUCAUUAACAAUCUCUCACUGAAUCGGUCUGAAUCAGUCAUAGUUUUGACGGUUUUUAUUUUAUUCAGUCGGUUUGUACCCCUCUUGCAAGUAAUUGAAAUGUUUACUUAUUAUUUAAAAGUACUUAAAAUUUGUCUUGUCUUUUGUCGUAGAUUGCUUAAAAUUAAAAUUGUAGCAGACAUAUUAAUACGGAAUGAGAUCGUCACCGUAUCAACGCGAAGCCGUUCCGUAUACAAUUCCCUACUGCAACGCACACUUUACAGAACUUCACCUGAUAGCCUCACGAAUAAACACGAGCUUGUGCCGAGGCAAUUUCCUUGCCAGCACUCUUUCUACAAUCUGGGGUCCUUAAAGAGAGGCGUGAAGAGGCAUUUCUGCAGGCCAGCAAGGUGAGGAUGGUUGGUGUAGCAGUUUAUAACUGCUGUUCCAGCUAUCUUCGCGUCUGGACUUUAUGGCCACUUGACAUCAGGUGCGGUAGAGUCAUUUGCCUAAAUUUUUAUUAAAUAUAAAAAAAAGUUUCACAAAGAAUACGGAAUGUCUCGAGUUGAUCCGGUGACGAUCCCAUUCCGAGUUAUGUCUGCUACGACCUUUAAACUGGGUAUGGAUUAUGACGAGUUUGUAUGGACAUACAUGGAUAUAUAGGGAGAAAAAAACAGCCCUUGCUGAGUUUCUUGCCGGUUCUUCUCAGUACAAGGUCUCCCGUCGUAGAUUUGCGAGCCGAUGGCGUAGCUUUUCGUCAUUCACAAGUGCUUGUAACAGCCUAGACUGAAUAAACGAUAUUGUUUUUUUUUAUUAUUUUAUGUUAGUGUGUACCCGAGGUGCCUUUCAUCGGAAAAUUUCGAAUGUUUAAUGCCGUUACUAAAUAAUGUGAUACUCAAGUUAUUAAAUGUACCCUUGGUAGACAACAUUUUGUAGUAAAAUGGUAUUUAGUGCGCCAGUAUUGUAUAUAAAAUUCAGUUUGUAAUUUACCCACUUAAAAAUGUGUGUGUAUGGCUUGUGGUCUUAUCACCGGCUAAGAGACAAUAAAUCUAUAUCUUUCGUUUCGCUGCGCUCUGUAUCAUAGCGGUGUCUUGCUACUUACUGUUAACUGUCUAGCAAUUUUAGUUUUUGGUCUAAGUAACAAUAUACUUAUUCUUCACAAUUUGAAAUACUCGACUUUGUAGGUGUUAUAUACAAUCUUAAAAUUUUGUUGAAUUUAUAUCUUAGUUUUACUUACUUUGAUUUUUGACAAUUUCUGUGGCUGAGUGGUUCGGUUACGCUGGGUUUAAGGUGUCGCCUACUCGAGAAGCCCCGGAUUCGAAUCCCGGUGGGGGCAGAUGUUUGUGUGAUGAAUACGAGCAUUUGUACUCCAGUCAUGGAUGUUGAAUAUGUAUUACUAUAUAAAUAUACUUAUAUAUGUAUCAGUAUAUGUAUUCUAUCUGUUAACCUAGUAUCCCAUAACACACAAGCCUACAGUGCCUACUUGGGGCUAGGCUAAUUGAUGUGACUGUUGGAAAUAUUUAUUAUUAUUAUUUGAUCUACCAAACCGUAUUAUCGUAAUCUGACGUAUUUGUUCAUAUCUAAAGAAAAUUAUAUAGAAAAAAUUCCACGCGGAACAGGCAGCAGAAGGGACUUUUUUCUAGUCUCCUGGUUUCCUGGCUCGCGUGGAAUAUUUUCUAGUGUAAUUUUCUUUAGAUUUAAACAUAAAGGCAGUUAUUUGCUUAAAAAAUAAAUAAUAUAUUUGUACAUAUUCAUAGAAUGUUAAUUAAGUACUUAGUAUAUGUUAUUUAAUUUUUUGUUUAACUUAACCUGUGCUGUAAAUAUAAAAAAA